UGCACCACCACGAGAGCUGUAUCAGCUUCUCUUAAUCCGCGUGCUCCGAUAAUCAACAGUGAGACAGUUAUUACUUUAUUUGCAAUUAAUAACGUGACUUAUUAUCUAUAAAUGUCUAAAAUAUAUAAUUAACUUUAUUGCUAUUUGUUUACACAAGUGUAUUCUUCAGACUUUAUUUUCAUAUUUAUUUCCAUCAAUGAUUUCUCAACUAAUUAACAAGAUUUAAAUCCACAUUAAAUCACCUGUAAGUAAAAAAAAAGGAACUGAAUUAAAAAGUUAUAGUUGUAAAAAAUUAACCAAUAUUUUAAAACUUUACCUUGCACAUUUUUAAUCACACAGCCCAUGCGUGGAAUUUUAUUUAUAAAUUCAAGUGUAAUAACUUUUAGCCCACUUCCUAUUGUUCUCCAACGAAUUCGUGAAAUAAUAUUCCUUUUUUUUAUUCAUUAUCGUUAUAUUUAAUUCUUCAACCACUUGCUCACUUGACGCAAAUUCACGAGCCACUAGGCGCGUGUUUUACAGAGUUUUAAAAAAGCGCAUAGCUGUUCCUCAUAUAUAUAUAUAAGAUACUCCUAAAUCCUGCACGUAAAAUUAAAUACGUAGGACAUAUGAGUUAACAAAACUGUACGUCGUGGAAUACAGGGAGAAGAAUCAUCUCCUCAUUGAUAACAUCAAGGCAAUCGAAGUGAACAACUAUCUAGAAUAAAGACCAUAGAUGCUGAAUCAACCAAGUGCUUAUCAGUUCGAUUGUCAUCGUCAUAACAAUAAUCCUCUGGUGGAUAUUUACAUCGUGGAAUAAAGACCGAACAAUAAAUAUCCAAGAGAUAGAGAGAGGGAGAGACAGAAGUAUAGAGUUAAAAACACCCUAAAGUAAAUAUUUGGUGGCCGUAUGCGAGUUCCCAGGUCGGAAUUGUGGAACGAGCGAUUGGUGCCGCCUGAGUGUCUGGAGCUCGCAGUCAACGAGAGAGUCUUCAAUGCCAUUUGGAGGGAAUCUGGAACACCAUCAUCGGCGACUGUGGCAGGUCGGUUGUGUGUUCUUAAUACACAAAGACAACGUCUUGUUAUUUUAAUUUUUCACCCUAUACUAUUGUUAUUAUUACGCGUCACAUCCUUUUUUAUACACCACCACUCUCUGUUACUUGCAAUCAACGAGUCCUUGGGUGUUAGUUGUCCAUCUCACACCAACAAAUCAUACCUAAGCACUCUAAUAUAUAUUAUUACUGCACUAUUGUUGUUAUUGUUAAUAUUGCUGUUAGUAUUUUUAUUAUCACUGCAAUCAAAACUCAUCGCGCAGAAUUACAAAUUCAGAUAAGUUAGUGGACUUUUUAAAUUUUUUAAAUUUCAUCACCGCCAACCUGGAAAAUUUAGUAAUACUAUCAGUAGGUUUAUGAACAAUGUCUUAUUAUUACUAUGACUAUUACUAUCAUUAAUAUAAAUAUUUAUGCGAUACGAUAAAUAAUUGGAUUAUUAAUUACGGGAGCAAUUAAUAAAACAAAAGUAAAGAAAGAAAAAAAAAUAAACAUAAGAGAGUGCGUAGAUAUGCGUACUGUUGAAAACGUGAUUGGAACUAAAACGAAUACAGUUGAACCUGCGGUAUCUGGUGGCACGACAAUGCGCGGUAGCAUUGUCGAGGACUGUGUUGUUGUGGAGGAGUGCAGCGUUGCGGCCCACGUUGGAUCCAGGACAAUUGGUGCAGCUGUUUAUCCUGGUAGACCUGGGUUCCCACCACCAGAUAAUAACAAUAAUAAUGAUCAUCACAGAAACCUUGAGGCCACUGAGCAUCUCAAUCAUCAUAGUGAUCAUCACUCAUGGAACAAGUGGCAGCUUCAUACGCCCAGUGGCGAAGACGAUUGUGAAAAAGAAUUUACCGGUCAUCAAUUACCGGUUGAUAUAUCUAGUAGUGAACAAAAUCAACAUCAUCAACGUACAUCAUCAUUAUCAUCAUCCACUGAAUUAAUUUGCACAGAUCGUGGCUCUGUUACCACUGCAAUCACAACGGCUUCCACAACGACCACUGGCACUGCAUUCACAGUUGCAUCAAGUAUGCUUCUGCUACAGACACAGAGCCCAUUUGGCUGCGGCAGUUUUGCUGAUUUACUCAGUGCACCUUACACUGAUCCUACGGAUACAGGAAGUCUUACUGAAGAAUUAGAACCCUUUCCAGAGUUACAGUUAGGCAAUUCUCAGUCUGUAACAGCAACACAAGACGAUAUCACCCAAUCAAAUCUACAUCAUCAAAUUCAAUCUCGAUCACUACCUGGAGAUCUACAAACAGAUUCAUUGAGUUUCCAAGAGACGUACACCGUUCAUCAGCGCUACACACGCCAAGAACUCCAGAGUCUGGAUAUCAAGAUGGAUGACGAGUGUUUCGAUGCUCUUCAGUAUGCUUGUGCAGACACUCCUUACACUGCUGAAUUCAAUGCUGCUAUUCCCUAUCAUCCUCAACAACAACAGCAGCAGCAGCACCACCAUCACCAUCAUCAGCAAUCCCAACAUCAUCAGCAACAUCAAAUGAUGCAUCAUCACCAACAGCAACUUUCUCAUCAUCAUCAUCACCAUCAUCGUCAAGACAAUCAUCACCACCAAAAUAUUCCGCCAACGUUGACACCACCUCCAGUAGCAGUGCCAAUUCAAUCAGUAACAGCGAUGGCUAUUUCACCAUCUCCACCAUCACCUUCACAACCAACUCCGCCACCUCCUCCACCACCACCACCUCCACCGGGUUAUUUUUCCGCGAUUACGUCAAAUCACGGUGCCCCAAUGCAGUCAGCUGGUAAUUUACACCAGAGAGACAUGUCUAGUGGGUUUACAAACGUACCUAUACCGGCUUAUGGUCAAGGGAAUCUAAUGAGUGUAUCACCGGUUUCAAUGACAUCCAACGUCACUGGAUCAAAUGUCCACAUUGGGUCAACACGUUCUCGGGCACCAAUGUUACAGAGGUCAGACUCUACGAGCAGUGGUAGUAAUCAAGAAUCACCAAAAUCAUGUCCCAGCACAUCCAGUAAUGUUAAUUCAACUCCGUCACCUAGUGCUAGUAAUGAGAGAGCACCACAGAGUCCAAGUCAACUGUGUGCUGUUUGUGGUGACACUGCUGCUUGCCAGCAUUACGGAGUACGUACUUGUGAAGGUUGUAAAGGAUUUUUCAAGAGGACUGUUCAAAAAGGAUCUAAAUAUGUUUGUUUAGCUGAAAAAUCAUGUCCUGUUGACAAACGACGUCGCAAUCGAUGUCAAUUUUGUCGGUUUCAAAAGUGCCUGAUGGUUGGUAUGGUCAAAGAGGUCGUCAGAACAGAUUCUUUGAAAGGUCGACGAGGUCGACUUCCCUCCAAGCCAAAAUCUCCUCAAGAAUCUCCGCCCAGUCCGCCCGUUACACUGAUCACUGCAUUAGUACGAGCGCACGUUGAUACUACUCCUGAUGUUGCUAAUUUAGAUUACUCUCAAUAUCAUGAGCCAGGCGUACCAGCACCUUUGGUAACAGACGCUGAAAAAGUCCAGCAAUUUUACAGUCUCCUUGCGACGUCCAUUGAUGUUAUUCAUAAUUUUGCCGAAAAAAUUCCUGGAUUUACGGAUCUCUUAAAAGAAGAUCAAGAGUUACUCUUCCAAUCAGCAAGCUUGGAACUUUUUAUUCUUAGGUUGGCUUAUCGCACGAGAGUCAGUGAUAAUACUUUAACAUUUUGCAACGGUGUUGUACUAUCACGAACACAAUGUUACCGAUGUUUCGACGAAUGGCUAUUCAAUAUCCUCAAAUUCUGUCAUGUUCUUCAUAGUGUAGAAAUUGAUGUCAGUGCAUUCGCAUGUCUUUGUGCGCUUACACUCGUUACAGAUCGAUAUGGUUUGAAAGAACCACAACGAGUAGAAGAUUUACAAAUGAGAAUAGUAGCAUCACUACGUGAUCACGUUACUUACAAUUCAGAAGCCCAGAGAAAAACUCAGUACCUGUCACAUUUAUUAAGUAAACUCCCCGACUUAAGGAGUCUUGCUGCACAAGGUCUUCAGCGAAUUUUUUACCUCAAGGUGGAAAAUCUUGCACCGAUGCCACCUCUUAUUGAAUCUUUAUUUGUUAAUAGCAUUCCCUAUUAAAAGAACAAAAAAAAAAUAAUG